AUGGUACAUGGCAUGAUGAACCAGAGCUCUGUGACCAAGUUCACUCUGGUGGGCUUUUCAGAAUACCCUGGGCUCCAGCCACCUCUCUUCCUUGCAUUCCUCACCAUCUACACAAUCACUCUAGUAGGCAACUUGGGGUUAAUUACGGUUAGAAAGAUCAAUCCCAAACUUCACACACCCAUGUACUUUUUUCUCAGCCACCUUUCAUUUUUGGAUAUCUGUUAUUCUAGUGUGUUUACACCCAAGCUGUUGGAGAUCCUGGUUGUGGAGAACAGAACAAUCUCAUUCGUAGGUUGCAUGGCACAGUUCUUCUUUGGCUGCAUGUGUGUGAUCACAGAAAUGUAUAUGUUGGCAGUGAUGGCCUAUGACAGGUUUGUGGCCGUGUGUAACCCCUUGCUCUACAUGGUUGCUAUGUCUCAUAAGCUGUGUGCUCUCCUGGUAGGUGGAAGUUACCUGUGGGGUGGCCUGUGUGCCACAAUACUCACAUACACUCUGUUGCAACUUUCCUACUGUGGGCCAGGCGUCAUCAAUCACUUUGGCUGCGAGUACUCUGCCAUCCUCUCUGUUUCCUGCUCUGACUCCUCCUUCAGCCAAAUGGCAUGUUUGGUCAUCUCUAUACUCAGUGAGGCUUGCAGUGUCCUGAUCACUCUGGCCUCCUAUGUCUUCAUAGUUGUCACUAUCGUCAAGAUGCCUUCCAAGGGUGGACUCCGGAAGGCCUUUUCUACCUGUACUUCCCACCUGACUGCCAUCUCCAUCUUCCAUGGAAUCAUCCUUCUUCUGUACUGUGUCCCCAACUCCAACAGCUCCCAGCUUUUUGUAAAAGUAGCUACUGUUCUUUAUUCAGUCAUGAUCCCCAUGCUGAAUCCCCUCAUCUACAGCCUGAGGAACAAAGAUGUGAAGGAGACCGUCAGGAAGCUAAUCAGUUCUAAACUGCAUUCUCAUUGA